UUUCAGAACUGCGAUUUGAAUAUCUUUUGGGCCAGCUUGCGCAUUUGCCAAAAUUGGUCACUUGAAUCGAUUUCUGUUCCUACCUUUUUUAAUUGCGUCUUAUGGGAACAAUUGAAGAUAUACACAUUCUGAGGGUCUCCUGCAUCAUACAUUCUUGGUACAUGUCUACAUUUUUAAAAACUUGAUGUAUUUCAAUGCUAUUAUGACUAAGAUAAAUUAACAGUGACAUACAGUUCUGGCUACUUUUUGUUUGCUUUCUCUUGCUCCUUGGAAAAAUCAGUUAAUUCCAAAGACCAAGGUUCUUUUAUACUAAAGUCUUAAAUAAUAUGCAUGCUUUAAUGGAUAUUGUCAACUAGCUGGGCAACUGUAGGGAAUCUAAUCAAAGAUUUUUUUUUUUGAAAAGAUUGCAUGUUCCAUGUCCUACUUGGUUUCCACAGGAGUUUAAUUUAAUGCUACUGAACUAACCUGAAUUGACUGGGACUUUUUUCCCUAGAAAUGUCAGAGGCUGAAGGGUGACCUUAUAGAGGUUUACAAACUCAAGAGGGGCAUGGAUAGAAUGAAGAGCCAAGGUGUCUUCCUAAGAUAGCGAGGUCCAAAACCAGAUGGCAUAGAUUUAAGGGUGCACUUUCCUUGACAGAUGUUUUAGCUCUCAAUUGACCAUCAACACUGCAAUUGUUUAUAUGCACAGAUUUUAUAUGCAACAUUCUUUCACAAGGUUUCAUAGAAAUGUUAUUUCCCCUGCUGCUUUGUUCUUGGCUGCAAAGGUAGAGGAACAGCCACGUAAACUUGAGCAUGUCAUAAAGGUGGUGCAUGCCUGCUUGAAUCCUCAAGAACAGCCACUAGAUGUUAAGAGUGAUGCGUACCUUCAACAGGCCCAAGAUCUGGUCAUACUUGAAAGUAUUAUUCUGCAAACCUUGGGUUUUGAGAUUACUAUAGAACACCCUCAUACUGAUGUGGUGAAAUGCACCCAGUUAGUGAGAGCAAGCAAGGAUUUGGCACAGACAUCCUAUUUCAUGGCUACCAACAGUUUGCAUCUGACAACAUUUUGCUUGCAGUACAAACCUACCGUGAUAGCGUGUGUGUGUAUACAUCUGGCUUGCAAGUGGUCCAACUGGGAAAUACCUGUAUCCACAGAUGGAAAACAUUGGUGGGAAUAUGUGGAUCCAUCUGUUACUCUGGAAUUACUUGAUGAGUUAACACAUGAAUUUCUGCAAAUACUGGAGAAAACGCCAAGCAGAUUGAAGAGGAUACGAAACUGGCGGGCUAAUCAGGCUGCAAAGAAACCAAAAAUAGAUGGUCAGAUAGCUGAUAAUGUUCUUCCUGGUUCAUCUGGGCCCCAUGAAUCUACAUGUUCUGUUGGUGGUGAUCCUGCUUCAAGUGCAAAUUUUCCUAAAUCAAAUUCCACAACAGCUCUACCUGCAUCAUUGAACUCUGGUGGUAUUUCAGUGCCAGCACAUGUCCCUGAGAUGAUGGCUACCACUUCAUUCAGUUCUACCUCCCAACAAGAGUGGCCUCAGCAUCCGCACCAGAACAUGGAGCAAGUUCAUUCUCAUAAACAAGAUCUGUCAGUACCUGUCAACAAAAAUGAUAUGAUCUCCAUUCAGCAGUCAACAUCUGGACAGUUAGCUCAAAGCCAUCAUCGAUCUGAAAAAGUUUCAGGGCACUCAUCUAGUAAACAUGAACAUCUUAAAUCUGGUAAUGGUAAACAUCAUGGAUUCCCCCUUCCAACUGUACCAGCUCCUCAAAAAUUAGCUUUGGACAGAUACAGGGAAAAAUUUGCUGCAGAACUUGCAGUACAGAAACGCAAAUUAGAAACACUGGAGUCUGAUGUGAAAGAACAAUAUGCUUCUGCUGCUCAAGCCCUGGUUGAACAACAGAAAAAACGUGCACCGGUGCAGCAGCAAAUUCAGCAUAAUAGUAAUGCUGUGACUUCACCAAUUAAGAUGAAAAUCCCUAUUUCAUCAGAAAAAUCAGAAAGACAUGCAGCUGAUAAAAAGGAGAAGGGUUUGCUUAAAUUGAGGAUACCUAUCCCACCAACAGAAAAGGCUUCUAAGGAUGAGCUAAAAAUGAAAAUUAAAGUUCCCUCAUCUGAAAGACACAGCUCCUCAGAUGAGGGCAGUGGUAAGAGCAAGCACACAAGUCCACGUGCAAACAAGGAUCAUAAGGAAAAACGGAAGGACCAUUCUUCUCAUCAUCACCACCAUAGCAGCCACAAGCAUUCGCAUAGCAGCAGCAGCAGCAGUAGUGGGAGUAGUAGACACGGUAUUGAUGCAUCGAAAGGAGGAGCUUUGCGGAGUCCUGUGGGUCUGAGCGGUGAUGGCAGCUCCACUGGCUCCAGCUCUUCACGCAAGAGGGCGCACACCAGUGAUACCUCUCACAACCACCAUCCCAAAAUGAGCAAAACCUCCAAGACUGCAGGUACUUCAUCUAGCUCUUCUUCCUCUUCCUCUUCUUCUUCCUCCUCUGUGAAGCAGUAUAUAUACCCUUACAACUUAAUUCUUAACCUUCCCUCCUCCCCUCCUCCCACUGUCACAUACCAGGUGGGCUAUGGACAACUCAGCACCCUCAUGAAACUGGAUAGGAAACCUACAGAGGCCAACGGUCACAACGCCAAUCCAGAAUACAAUGCAAACAGUCAGCACAUGGACUACAAAGAUACUUACGAUAUGCUGGAGUCACUCUUAAGUGCUCAAGGAGUGAACAUGUAGCCGUAAUUCGCAGCCUGUGUUUAAAGUUGGAAUUCUUCUCCCUCUUAAUUCAGCUGUGACAAAAGUCAUUGCUGCCACUGCUUCCAUUAGAUCUGAGCACUGCUUCCCCAUUCUCCACUUUGAAAAGGAGAUUAGCGUAAGCAUAAUCAGAGGUGAAUGUUGAAAGGGUUGUGCUCUACAUAGUAUUAUUACAAAACUGUAACUUCUAGCAUGAAAUGUGCAUAUUUAAUUUUGCCGAUAUUUCAGCAAUUGAAAAUUAAAGACGGCAGACUGCUGCUUGUGAAGGUUUAAUGCCUAAUACAUUGUGCACACUGAUAAUGUGGCAGUUUGUUGGUUUUGCAAUCUGUCAAAGCCCAUGUUCAUAUUGCCACAUCUUUCAAAGGAGUGCAAUUUUUUUCAAAUUUAAUUUUUGUCCUUCUAUUGUAUGGUGAUUUUUGCAUGUUUCUAGGACAAAAGGGAUGUAAAAUGGACAUUAGAGACAACUGUAUUAGUUUACCAGAAAGUGGAGAAAAAUGUACAUACAUUUUUGUAUGUUUAGAUGUACUAUGAAUACUCAGGUUUGGAGCUGCUUGUAAGUAUAAAAAGUUUAAAAAAAAAAGAGAGGUUUACAUAUGACUGAAUUUGCUAUAAAGUGCAUUUAACAAUUUUCAUGGCUUGUUGAAGUAAUUUACCCAGGCAAUGUGCUGUUUCUUGAUUACAUUGGGUUAUUAAUGUAACAUUUAAAAAAUUGUCAAGGCUCAUGUAGGAGAGAAGUUGAGUCAUAAGUAUGAUGGCUGUAUUUUUUUAGGUUAGCUCUUUAAGUAUUACUUUAAAUACAUCUUAAUCUACAGGGAUCAAAGUGUCAAUCAGCCUCUUAACUUUCCAGCUUCUGUAUGCUUGGAUUAUAAAGUAAAAGGAACAAUUUACUGUUAAUGAUGUGAUUUUUUUUUUUCAGGCAUAUAUAUAUAUAUAGGUUUGCAGUCAACUACACAAGUAAGGAUAUCUUAAAAAGGUAUUAUCUGACCUUUUAUGACUCAUGGAAACACCAAAGUAGUACUGUUGAAAAUGAUAGAACGCAGCUUAAUUAUUGUACCAACUAUUUUGUAUGUGGAGGAUAAUGCAAGAAAAACUUACAAGAUGAUUGAGUGUUGUUUCAGAACUGAACUGUUUUGGGUCUUAAGUAAUCGAGACUGGAGCAUUGUUCAUGCCAUUAUAGUAAUGUAAAAACAAAUUGCUGUCAGUGGUCAGAUAUUACCUUCUUAACAUUGAAAAUUUCUUAGUUGAAUUCAUCAAUAAAUGUGAUAGUUAUUCACGUUGCUUUGUGUUGUCUUUCUUUGUUCUGUUGUGAAUAAUGCUACAUUAUUCAAAUAAUAAAACUAUAAGCUUUGAAGUGUUUGAUCCUAAUGCAAUGCUGAAUGAAAUAUUACUUUAACAUUGCUGUUUAGCUAUACAUUUUCUAAUUUCAUACUACCAAAACUUCUAUUACCUCUAAGCAAAGACAGUUCUUUGAAUUCUCUCUAAACCAAAAGUUCAGGGAGGUAUCUAGUACUAUUGUUCUUGUAGUUGGAAUUAAACAAGUUGUUUGGCUUGUGCAUGCCUUCUGUUUUUGCAAGGGGUAAUUACAAGCUUACCAUGGAAAUUUUGUAGGAUUCUAUGGUACAUUGCUUCACAGUGUGAAUGGAUCCUGUGCCACAGUGUAAUUAUCCUUGUCUGAAGUAAAUAUUUAGGAUUGUAAUUUAGAGCAUCCAGCUUUUCUGUCACUUCAAAUUUUGAUUACUUUGUACUGAUCUUUGUUAAUUGACCUGUAAAUAGAUUUUGAUCCUGGAAACCCAUCUUCCCCCUUCAGCUUCAAUGUAUAGUUUUGAUAAUGUAAUGUCAGCUGUUAACUGAAUAUUUUACAGAUUUGUUAGUGAUCUUAACUGUUACUUCUAAACACUUCAUGUUUAUAGAAUCACACCUGUACCUUUUCAAUAUCAUGAUCAAAGUGAGGAAACCUGACUUGAGUGUCUGUUCUCAUCAUAGUUUGCUGAGAGUCUGGCUCCCCUGCCCAUGGGAAAAUGUGUGAUACUCAAGUGAACUAAAUAAGCCAACAGUAUUUAUGAUGAAUGUAAUGUGUGAGAUGGUAGAGAAAUAUCUGCGGCAUCAGUGAAUCGACGUUACAAGGAUCUCGCGGUUUGUCUGCAGGCAUGCCAUAAUGAAAUGCAACCCUUCAGUGUUUUUUCUAGUUGCAAGCACGUCAACAUGGUGCAACAUCUAACAAUUGCUUCCUCGUUGAUUACUUUAACAGCAAGUGCCUAUUGUGAACCAACCACCUUGUAUACGGUGGAAUUCUUUGUAUUAGUAAUGAGCUGAAAACUGAAAGAACUGCGAAUGCUGUAAAUCCAAAACGAAAACAGUUGCUGGAAAAACUCAGCAAGUCUAGCAGCAUCUGUGAAGAGAAAUCAAAGUUAAUGUUCCUCAAAGAUCACUGGACCAGAAAUGUUGACUUUGAUUUAUUUUCACAGACCUGCUGAGCAUUUACAGCAACUUAUGUUUUCGUAAAAGUUUCAACUGUUGUGGCAGAAAGAAGAACAAGUUGAACCACAGCCCUCAGACUUGGCAUUAGAACUUGCUGAAGACCAGGGCAAUGUAGCAGUAUCAGCAUAAACAUUAAUAUUUAUAAGGUGUCCACAAAAGUUAUUGUCCAGCUCAAGAAAGCUCACUUAAAUUUCUUAACUGUGUAAGAUGCACCCUACAUCUAGAGAAUUUUAGAGCAAAAAGUGUACUUUUAAAAUAAGUCACGAUUUUUAUCCAGACUUCUCAAACCAUAUUUGAACAUGUUUAUUACUUUCAAUUUGUUUUUUCCUUUCUCUCCUGUCAACCCUAGAGUUUAUUCCUUAGUAUGUUUUGAGCUUUUUGUAUUUUUGAAUAGUUAUGGGCUUCAAUCCAGAUAACGUGCACGAAAGCUACCUUCACACCAGUAUACUGUAUCAAAAUAAAUUUAAGGUGUUUAAUUUUCUUACUGACAUUGUUCCUAAUAUUGGCGUUGAGUAGAGCUUCCCAAUGUUCAAACUUGUCUUUGCAAAUUCUUAAUUGAUUUGGAAGCAACUCACUUUCAACAUUGGUACAUUAAUAUUCAUUUAUCUUUCACAUUAAAACAUACUGCCUAAUCAAGAGUGCUUGUGUUUAUACCUACAACAGUUAAUCAUUCACUUGUGCGAUUAUGUAUUUACUGUGUCCCUUUGUAGGCAUGUUAAUUUAUUUGAGAUUCAGUUAGGUAAGACAUUUGCUUAUGGUACCCUAUAUUUAGUUACUUGCUGUAGGUUCCAUUCACAUUUGGUUUAAUUUCCCUUUUCAUUUACUCCCUAACUCCAUUUUCUGUUCUGCAUUUGAUUUUUGUUUACCGACGUUUGCUCCUGCAAUCAAUGCAAACAGUUAUUGGUUCAUAGUGCCAUUAUAGGUUUGUGCUGGUGAAAGGCUUCAUAGUUUCCUCCAAAGACAAUCUAAAGUGACAGAGGAUUUGUAGUUACUUCGCCAGUUGAGAUUAUCUAUGAAUUUGCAGAUUUAUAUUCUCAAGUAGUCUGAAACACUAAUAGUGGCUGCUUGUAUCCCAGUAAAUACAAAGUUGUAUUUCACUGUUGAUAUAUUUUCAUGUAUUAGUUCAGUGUUACUGCUUUGCAAUUCCUAUUGAGUGCCUAAAAUUAGCUAACUGUCAAUUCUAGAACGCUGGUGAUUUUCAUGCUAUUUGUGUGCUUUUGCAUUGGGUACCUCAAAGGCAUUCCAUGUAUACAUAAAAUAAACUGCAUCUCAACAGCAAA